UCUCUCUCACUCACACACACACACACACACACACUCUCUCUGUCUCUCUGUCUCUCUCUCUCUCUCUCUCCCUCUGUCUUUUUCAUACACACACUCACGCCUCUCAGACGCACACGGCAGCGCACAAGCCAGGGAGCAGGACCGCGCUGGACGUAUCAUUCAGGCAGGGAAUAGAUCGGGAGAAAGGAUUAAAUAUCUCCAUCCUUCUCCCUCUAAGGACUUUAUCCUCUCUUCCCUACUCUUCUGUCUUUAAGCCUCUCUUCACCUCGUUUUUCUCCUCCACAAUCCCUCAUUUUUCCGCAAUUCAUUGGUGGGUUGAAAGGAAGCUGGGGGAUUGUCUCUAUACAGAGACCAGGAUUAUUCUUACAAAUUUCAUUUCACCAGGAUCGUGAAUGUAUGGAUAUCUUUACCUGAAGGGGACAGUUUUUCUUCAAUGUUUCGUCCUGUGAGAGAUUUUGUAAUUUUGGUAUAUUUUUUUGGGGGGGUGACUGAAGGCAGAAAGCUAUAAAGGCUGGUGCUGUCUGAGAUAUUUGGUCAAAAGGUGUUUUGGUGUACCUUUUCCCAGUCGCUGCCUUAGUGGAGGCCGCAGGCAUGGUGGCUUGAUGCCCCCAUAGCCCCGCUCCUCCAACAGAGCAAGGCUACAAAGCUCUGUCUCAUGCCCCCCCACAGCCACCCCCCUGGCGGGGGCACUGGCCUGCCCCCGUCCAGUGAUGCCUUCCACUUGGCAAGACCUGUCUUCCUCUCUGUCCUCAGCCUUCUGGCAGUGCUGCUGCCAACGGCCUCCUCCUGCCCUCCUCCCUGUCUCUGCUCCUCAGAUGGUUUGGUGGUGGACUGCGGGGGCCGGGGACUUUCUGCCCUGCCUUCCCUGCACCUCUUGCCACCCAGGAGCCGCUCCUUCCUGCUAGCCAACAACAAGCUCGCCUCGCUGGGAGCCUCUGCCUUCGCUAACCUCUCCUCACUGGAGGAGCUGGACCUUUCUAAUAACUAUCUAGAUAAUUUACCAGCUGGAUUAUUCAGAGACAUGUCCAACCUUACGAGACUGACUCUGCACAACAACUCAUUAACAGGGAUGGAGAAGGACCUCUUCCAGGGUUUGGGGGGCCUUCAAAGACUGGAUCUGUCCCUGAACGGACUGUCCUCUGUUCCUCUGGGGCUACUGGAUGAGCUGCAGAGUCUCAGGUGGCUGUCUCUGUCGGGCAACCGGCUCCAUGGUUUAGAGAGGGCAGCGUUUGAGCCCCUCGCCAACCUGCAACAUCUGGAAUUGGGAAACAACCCGUGGGAAUGUGACUGCAACCUCCGCGAAUUCAAACACUGGAUGGAGUGGCUGCUGUAUAGAGGGGGGAAGGUGGACGCGGUGGAGUGCACGCUACCUAAGGAUCUGCGUGGGCGAGACAUCCGCGGUGUUCCAGUGGAAAUGUUCAACUACUGCCUCCAACUUGAGGACGAGAACGGAGGAGGUGAUAGUUCCCGUUCUGGACAGAAAGGAGGUCCACCCUGCAGCAGGAACGCUCUUAACCCCAGUGGGGCGACACCAAUUACUGACAACAGCGUCAACACUGGUGAUGACUCCUCUUCGAGCAGAGGAGGGGGAGGCGCAGGUGGGGAGGCCCCAUCGGAUUGUGUCCGUGCUCGUUACAAGCCUGUGAGCGUGCGCCGCGCUAUAGGCACAGUGGUGAUUGCCGGCGUGGUUUGCGGCAUCGUUUGCAUCAUGAUGGUUGCAGCUGCGGCCUACGGCUGCAUCUACGCCUCCCUGAUGGCCAAAUACCAGAGAGAGCUGAAGAAAAGGCAGCCGCUGAUGGGAGACGGCGAGACAGACGGAGAGGACAGGGAGGAGAAACAGAUCUCCUCUGUGGCCUAGAGGAGUGAUGGGACGGAGGAUUGGCGUGUCAGAGGUGAAGGUUGAAAGGGUGAUAAUUUAAAGGGCUCAAAGAGGAGAGAGAUGGAAGAGUUUGCUUCAUGCACAUAAGACAGUUAUGGUAUCUCUCCCUCUGACUCUCAAACUGACACCUUUUCCCCACUUUUUGUCUUCCUUUCUUUGUCCUCUUUCUAUUUUUAACUCUCAGUCCCUCUCUCGAACAAACUCCCUUGCACACAUACCUUAUCUGUUCCCUGAUUUUCUUGACCAUUUGGAGACAUUCUCACUGCAGUAUUUGCUCCCAAUCAUCCGUCCAACUCCUACCACCUACUACCACUUGGCCAAGAGAAACAAAUUAUUGGUAAUAUAAUAUAAUACAUAUCAUUUAAGCUGUUACAAGACACUUGUGGUCAGUCAGUAUUAGUAAAAGGUGGAUUGAAUUUUCAGGGAUUUACAGUAUAUUCAGUGGUGUUUGGACCAAUAUUCAUAAUAAUGAGAGGAAUGCACGGCUUUUGUUUUGUUUGUAUCUUCCUCCUCCUAAACUUUGACAAAGCCAGUAGUUUCUCCCAAAAAAAGAGGACUCCAAGCCAGGACCCUUCACCUUUGUCUGGCCUAAUGCUCCUCUUACGUUCCUUUGGACCUCCACAUCCCAAAGAAACAGACAACACUGGAAAACGUGGAGGAAACGUUUGUGGAUAAACACAAAGAGAUGUCAUUUAAAUAGUCAACACCUCUUGAAAUGGGGAUAGUAAGAUUAUAUGUUGAUAGUGAAUUAAACAUGGAUCCCCCACAAUGUCUCUCAAGACUUAUGUACGGCAGGAAACAAUCUGCAUUGAUAAAUAAUUCAUAAUUUGUGGAUGACUAGAAAUAGACGAUGUCUGGACUACGUCUGCUUCUCUCUGGAUCUUCUCUGGACAAACAACACUCCUCCAGUUUGGAGCUGAUAUGUGCAUGAGAUUCUACAAUGGAUGUCAUUUAUCAUUUCGAUGGCGAACAAUUUUCCUGUAUUAGUCUCUUUUAUUCAGAAAAAGGCUCUUGCUUAUUUGAUGCUCGUUAAAUGAUCACGGACAGAUUAAAAGCCUGGUAUCAUGGCGAAAUAGGUGUCGGAUACAUUUUGGAGUAAGCUUCGUUCAGAGAUGUCUUCACAAUUGUAUUGAUGAAGCGGUUUAAAGGACCACAGAAUAUAUUUUAAGGCAUAUGCUCUAUGUUCCGAGAUCAUUUGCAGACUGAUUUCACCCUCAGAGGUUAAAGUUUGCUACUGAGGCACAGAAAAUCUCAGAGAACAAGGACUACAACAAUCCAUCUAAGGACUACAAAAUUCAGACUCCUGCACUUUAUUUUCCUAAUCAGUUACCCUCUGGUCUCCCUCUCCUUCUCCCUCCCUCUUUCUAAGAUGGAAGAUUUGCCCAGAGGGGUUAUAAUGAACAAGGGAUUAAACAGAAGACGCUGCUAUUUUUUACCCCACCUCCUUCUUGUCCCUUUAUCUCUCCAUCCAUAUUUCCAUCUAGCGCUAUUUAUGGAAAGUUGUUCACACUUCCUUAAAGAUUUCCACCUUCUGUCUUUCUUUUCCCCUCCCGUAUGCCAUGUUGUCGUCUCUUGUGUUUUCCCCAAAGGAUCUGCAAUAUGCAAUGGAAGUUGUGUCACUUUAACUUGAAACUGUACUCACUGCCAAAGAGUCCUUGUGAUAUCUACAUAGCAAUCACCUAUUUAAAUCUGUUCAAAUAUUCUCAAUGCAUUUACAACAAAAGCCAGCUGAUUUGAUUUACAUAAGUAUGUUUUCUUGGAUAUCCUAUUUGAUGCAUUUGAAAUGUUUAUUUAAAAUAUACAAAAAUCUGGCUUUCAUUGCAUAUUGCUUCCCAACAGUAGAACAAUUGUUCCCUCUCAACUUUUAAUUGGCUGGAAAGUAAACUCAUAUUACUAGUGUGUUAUCUUAUACAUGGGUAUGAUACAGAUAAAUAUAAAUAUACUAGUCUCUACUAUGGUGUGUUGGCCCAGCGAUCCCCAAAAUGUUUUUGAUGUGACUGUUCAUGGGUUUUCUGUAUCUAUUCAUGAUGUUUGUCUUUUGUUGUGUUUGUAAUGUUGAUAUUUCAUUUUUUUGGUUUUAAAAUCUCUGUAAUGUUUGA